UUAGAUUAUGAGCUAAGCCAAGUCGAUGCUCUUAUUUUCUUCGUCCUUCAUUUCCCUUAGUUAAAUAAGGGAUAUGGAAAGAGGAAAAAGAAAAAAGAAGAUUUUAUCCUUUAUUUUUGAAGAAAUUCAAAUGAUAUGGUUGUGCAGAACAACUUUUAAAUGUGGAGAAACUUUUUUGUUUUGAGCAAAAAGCAACUCAAUCAAAAUGGCCUCCAGUUCAUCGCUGAAGUUAAAUUGGUUGGAUCAUUUCGACUCCACUUGGGUCAACGAGGAUCCCGAAGUCAUAGUCACAAGAAAAGGAGUUGUUUCUUUGUUUGAGAAGCUUCUUUCCAACAAAGAAGCUGUAUCGAUCCCUCAAGCACCGUUACAAUUGCGAGGACCGCUGUUACCCGAUUUUGAACGAGGGACAGCGUCACAAAAUGAGCAAGACCAGUUCCUCAAUGAUCUUUUGUCGAGUCAGCUAACGCUAGCUAGACUUGUCAGCUCGGAUUCACCAUUUUAUUCUACUCUUCGGCGCCGACUUGCUAUUUUACAAAGAAUAUUUUGCGCCCUUUCUGCAAAAUUUCACAACAAGGGAAAACCGAAUCUUUUGACUGGUGCAAGUUUAAAUUCUAACGAUCAGUCUCAAGUAAAGUCCAAGACAGCCGAUGUUAAGUGUGGAAAAGACGUGUUAAUAGAGAUGGGAAUCAAAACGGGGCUUUCUAUGCUUUUCUCCCUACUCCGACAAUCUUGGCAUAGCGGACAGGGAAUAAUUUGCAAUGAUGUUUUGGCAACAGCUUCAGCUGUUUUAUCAUCAUUGCCUCCACUAUCGCUUUCUCAGGACUCAAAAAUACCAGAACUUGGUAUAGAAACCUUGAGGCAAGUGUCUGAGUUCUUAAUGUCGACUGCUUCUGCUCAAUCAACUGCAGACAAUAAUGGCAGAAGGCUUGCUUGCGAGCUGUUGCUAAGAAUUGGUGUGCAUAGGGGAUCACUUAAGUGUUUGUUGGAGUGGAUUGAAAUGGCAAUAGUCAUGGAUUGUGUUAAACCAGAAGAUAGCGCCAAAAAUACAGCUUUAAUUGGUAUAUCAGUAGAUUGUCUGGAGGAUAUGUGCAGACAAAUGAGAAAACUCAUGAUAACAACAGCAGAGACACAUUCUUUUACCUCUCAAGAAGACAGAGAUAGCAGUUUUGAAGAGAUGGACAGCAGUUUUGACUUGAUUCCUGAUUCAGAGACCAGACUUGUUCCUCUUCAUAAAGCUGCUGUUUUUCUCCUAAACCAGGUAACCAACCUUGCUGAGCAUUAUGCCCUAACAUCAAUAAAGAAUGGCACAUCAGGGGAACUACAGAGCAAUGGCUUCAAUACUGGAGAUGAAGUAUUUGUAUGGGGGAGUAACAGUAGUCACCAAUUAGCAGAAGGAAGUAUGGACAAGAUACUCAUCCCUAAGCUGGCUACAUCAUUUGGUAAUGCUCAACAGAUAGAGGCGGGCCAGUACUGUACCUUCGUAAUCUUUCCUGAUGGUUUUUUACAUGCAUGUGGCAAGGGUAGUUAUGGACGUCUUGGUCUUGGUGAUUCCACCAAUCAGGCUCAACUAAAGAGAGUGGGCUUUGAUGUUGAUUAUGUUAUAAAGAGGGUUUCUUCCUCUAAAGGAUCGGAUGGUCACACGCUGGCUUUGACUGUAGAUGGCAAGGUGUUUAGCUGGGGAGAUGGGGAUUAUGGUAAACUUGGCCAUGGUAACAGCCAGACUCAGAAGGUUCCAAAACUGAUAGAAGGACCUUUAGCAAACAAGGUUGUGACCUGUAUUGCAGCAGGAUAUAGACACAGUGCUGCUGUUACUGAGGACGGAGAGUUAUAUACCUGGGGAGAAGGCGAUUAUGGUAGACUAGGCCAUGGAGAUAACAAUAGCAGAAACAUCCCAGUCCAGGUGAAGGAUGUAUCCAAUGUUAGUCAAGUUGCAUGUGGGAGUGCUCAUACAGUGUGUGUCUCCAUUGAUGGUGCUACUGUUUGGUCUUUCGGCAGUGGAGAUAACGGUAAACUUGGUCAUGGGGAUACCAACAGAGUUUAYAAGCCAAAGGUCGUUGAGGGACUACAGGGGAUGAUCAUUAACAAGGUUUGCUGUGGGAGUCAGUGCAGUCUUGCUUUGGCAAACAAUGGACAGGUUUAUGCAUGGGGAUGUGGUCCUUGCCUUGGCACAGGAUCAGUAGAUGCAACAUCAGCAAGACCUAAACUGAUAGCGGCAUUACAGCCAUUCCAUAUAGUGGAUAUAUCAGUAGGGGAUAGCCACUGUGUGGCUUUAACUAGAGAUAAUGAAGUUUAUGCUUGGGGUAACAAUUCAAUGGGCCAAUGUGGCCAAGGUCAUUGCACGACACCCAUCUCAAAGCCGAAGAAGGUACUUGGACUUGAGGGUGUUGCUAUACAUCAAGUUAGGGCAGGGACAUCUCAUACAGCUGCUUGGACAGCGCUGCCUUUGGACAGGCAAGUGAUUUCAUGGUACAGAGCUUACUGUGUAGACCUCAAAGAAACUACAUUUGGGUUACUCAAAAACUUCCUUGAGAGGUUUUGUCAAGACCUACAGAUGGAAUCAGAACAUUCCUCUGCACCUUUCUCUACUAGAAGUGAACAUCACAAGUUUGUUCUCCUCUGUCUGAAGUUACUCUCCAUACAUCUGUCACUUGCCGUAGCUGCCGGGGCCUCUUCAAGUGUAUUAGGAUCCUACACAAGACCUCUGCGAAGACUACUCUUUGGACUCUUAGAUGCUCCUGUAUCAGAGGAAAUACUAGAGGCUGUCAAUGAAGCUCUUUCUGUUGGUGCCUCUUUACUUUUACCUCCUUUACCAGAGAGAAUGGAAGUACUGCAUUCUUUAUUACCCCAAGGGCCUGACAGCUGGGAGUCACUCUCUUGUGGAGAGCGUAAACAGCUUGGGAUCAUACUAAACAGUAUGCAGGACCACAUUCAUGUUGCUUCUCUUCUGGGCUUCUCUUCACUGUCUAAAGAUGUCACAAGCGGUGACACAGAAGAACCUGACUUCAAAGACAACACUAACAUGGCAGCAAUCCUCAUGAAGAUGCUGCUUCGAAACCUUACAUUUUACACAGAAAAAUGUCUAACAGCCAUUGAAGAACCCAUGUCAGCAAAAGAACCCCCACACCCAACUGUUGACAGUGAAGCCCCACCCAUUCACAUACGACAACUGUUACUACUUCUACAAAAGCAUCUGUUUGCCUACUGUCAAAAUCCAGUCACCACAGACACCCCAACCUAUCUACCUUCAGCUGUGAAGCUACUACAGAACCAUCUCUUAUUGUACCUGCCUUGUGCUGGUGAGAUCUUAUCCAGUGCACAUGAUGUACUGGUGAGAGCUGAAGACUCUCAAGUCAGGGACAAAUUACAAAGUGUUCUCUAUAAUUCUCCUGCUGGGUCGAUGCUGUCAGUUGUUUUCUACUCGUUGAUGUUGAUGCCAUUUGAUGUUGUACRUCCAUUGUUACCUGUAUGUAUUGAGUUGCUUCCCAUGAUGGACAGACUGAACAGGAUCCUUCCUGCUGCGGCUGCAAUGGAGGACCAUGAACUGGAGUGGCCUGUCUUGGGUACUCCUCAAAACAUAGAUCCAGCUGCUCUUCCUCUCCCCCAGCCAGCACAGUCAUGGGCGUGGUUAGUUGAUCUCCAGCGAACCUGUGCUCUGUUCGUUGGGCGUGUACUGGGUAGCAUGCUAAUGGGACCACUGCUGUCAAAGUGUGAGAACCAGUGUGAACAAUGGCUUAAUUCUGCCUUGUUGAAUUAUGGACUGGAGAGCAGGGAUCCUCCGUUGGAGAAAGCCAUGGCAGCCAYCUUGUCUUUACUAAGGCACGACACAAUCUUCGAUAGUCUAGAGAAUGCUCGCUCAAGUCUUCCACCAGACCUUAUUUUCCUGCUAGAUUUAGCUGACGGACCUACCAUAGAAUCUGCCCACAGCUUGCUAACGCUAUUACAAUCGUUUGACAAGUUUAAAGAAAUAGAUACACGGGAUGUUCCAGACCCAAUGUUGUUGGACACGGCGGCUCGCUUUGUGUUUGCUUGUAUUCUUAAGCACUGUGGACUGUUACCUGUGGCACUGCAAAAGAUAAAAUCCAAAGAAAUGCUGGAGACCUUCAAGUGGGUGUGCACGCUACGUUGUCGUCUUCUCGGGCUGAAAUCAGGCAGAGGAAGUGCGUCAUUGCUUAGCACUGCCAGCCACGAACCCGCUAACAAAUCAGAAAGUAUUGUAUCUGAGACAUCCAACAUCAGUGAAGAGAAUUCCGACACCAGACAGACAAGCUCAGAGUACUUAAAUGACCAGUUAUUUACUGAAGCAUGUAAAGGCGUAAUACAGCGUUGCAUGUUCCUGCUGCUUUACGUGCGCACAGCUUUUCCCCUGGACCAAGAUACUCUUUCUUUCAUCGCCAACACGAACAGUGUCCUUGUUGAUCCUGAUUCACAUGGCGUUGACUCUACUAUGGAAGAUGUUGCUCUGCAUAUACACAUUGAUGAUACUGAUAACAGUACUCCAGCUACUGUGUCGCCGGUGCUUAGCCCCCUCAACAGCCCUAGGAGUGAGGAUGAAGCAAGCUCUUCCCAUUUGCAUCACGUCAACCAAGAAGAUGAAAAGAAACGACUUGAAUCUGUCAAGGAAGCCUUAAGGCGCAUGCGCCACAGACGUGAGAGAUUCGCACAGAAUCACGGUAAAGGAAACUCUCGACACCCACCAAAGUCCUCAUGCUCUGUCAAGAUAACUGCAUCAAGUAUAGUUGACUUUGUGACGGAAAGUCUGCUCAAGGGAAGUACUGAGGGACACACUCACGCUGAUCAUCAGGCGACCACGGCUCCACAUGUGGUUUUCAGUGCCAUGCAGKUUCAACAACACAGAGCAGAGCUCCGUUUGGAAGCCUUGAACUACAUAUUGUCAUUACUGGAGGGAAAAGACUCGACCAAGGAACAUUCCGGACAUCCUGCAGUGUGUUUCUCGUCUCUUCUCUUGUCAAGCCAGCUCCAGCUUCUCUCUGGUGCAUUUGGUCUAGAGGGCCUGGGCUCAAGCCAGCAAGAAUUCAGUGACCAAGUCCACCUUCUUCAUUAUCAGGAUGACAUCAAGGCUACAACUACUAAACUCCAGGAAUCGAUCCAGUCAUGUGUACAUCGUUUAUACACUCACUUAGUAAAGAUGCUGCAGGAUGAUAACCAAAACUCCCUUGGCAGAAAAGGUGCCAGACAGCGCCAGCAGCUCCAGACGGUUUUUGCACUGGGCAACAAGUUACAACCUGCCGAUAUCUCGCUAGCAGUCACAUGUCACCUUCCCUCCAUCCUGUACAGCAUGUGUAGUCAGGGUUUGAUGGCAUCCCAGCCUUUCCCUUAUCAGACAACACGAGCCAGUGGCAAAUCUAUGUUACCCGUCAUCUUGCAAGUAGCCAGUAUUAGAUUACUACAGAUUAUUGCUGUAACAGUUGGAGAACACGCCGAUAAGUUAUCAGAUGAAGUGGUGGACUGCAUGGUGAAUCUUCACUUCAAACAACUCGAAACACUGCUUGACGGAGCGAGUAACUGUACGACUGACAAAUCCGUUUCAACAAACUCUGACGAGGUGGAAAAAAUGUUCAGAGCAAACGAGGAAAGACGGGUGGCUGAGACAGCGCUUUGUGAUUUUCUUAUCUUUCUGAGAAGGUUCUCUACGUCUAAGGCUACUCGUUCAAAGAUGGUGACCAAAGCAUGGCUGGAUGUACUUCUCAGUAUCGUGGACAUCCCCUCCAGACUUGAUAAUGACUUGUUUGUGUUAUCAAUGAGAACUAGAAUGCUGACUUUGAAUCUACUAGAGAUAAUAUUGCCUGCCUGUUGUGCUGACAAAGAUGGGGAGCUGAUGGCAAAGGUGACUGGACAAUUAUUCCAGCUAACAGCCCAAUACAUGUGGUCCUCCUCAUCACUUGCUGCAAAUACUCCCAUCGAUGGAACAGGAGAACACCUUGAAGAUACUGAAAGAGUACCACUCAAGGAUGUUCACUUUGAUCGCGAAAGGCUAUUAGGAUGCACUGUGGAAAAUGGCAAUACACUUGUUCAUGACAGCCCGCGUAGAGGUUAUGGUCUUGCUGGUAUUGGUAUUAAGUCUGGUCUCUAUGAGUGGAAGUUUCACAUCACCAGAGAGAACCGCGGAAACGAGGGCACCUGUGUGGGCGUUGCUCGUUACCCUAUCGCCGAUGAUAGCCAUCGGUCAUCACGUGACAUGUGGCUAUACCGUGCUUACAGUGGUAACCUGUAUCACAAUGGAGAGCAGACGCUAACCUUACCUGGUUAUACUCAAGGGGAUUAUAUCACAUGUGUGCUAGAUAUGGAGGCAGGGACGCUAUCACUGGGUAAGAAUGGAGAGGAGYUGCGGGUAGCAUUUGAUGGAAUUGAAGCAAAAGAAGUGUACCCCUGUGCCAUGUUUUAUAGUAACACGCCUGGCGAAAAGGUUACGAUCACAGACAUGUGCAUGAAAAGCGCCCCAAGGGACCUAUAUCCUGGCAGUCCUCUGUGCGCCCCAUUACCAGCUGUACUCUCUGAGGCCCUAGUGUCCCUGAUCAGGACCUUACACUGCAAUGGUGACUGGGAACAGUACGUUAAUAAGUGUAUCUUAGAAGGUGUUCGUGCGAUAAGAGAUGUUGGUGCGCCUAAAGACAUAGAGACAGAGAUAACAGACUCACGAAGCAGUCUCCUAGACAACGAGACUCAUAUCUGUCACACAGUAUGGCCUGCGUUAGCUGUAAUAGGUGGUGUAGACUGCGGUUUACGUGUGGGAGGACGUUGUAUUGAUAGGAACAACGGUAAAGAGGGUACUAUAUUGGGCGUGGCAAACGAAGGACGGAAGAUCGUCAAGGUGCAGUGGGAUGAAGGUGAUAAUUAUGUUAGCGACACCUUGAUCAGUAACCUGGACCACAUUGAACCCAUCGAGUUCGACGCGUCUCGUCUGGGCAGUCUUUCCCCUGAUACAUUCACCGAUCUAUUACUCCUAACUGGUCUAAUGGACGACAAGCGACCGGCUUCUGUAUCACCCAGCAACUCACGCGAGGAAAUAGCACCGACAGACCGUCUGUCGUCUAGUGAGACGAUAUCUGAUAGCCGUGAGUCUUUGUACUAUGAUUCGCGCGAGAAGAACGAGACAAAGGACGCCAAGGAAGCCAUGCAAAGACGGAGUGCAUCCGAUGUGGAUUUAUUUUCUAGUCCAGAUGGCAGGCGCACUAAGAGUAUGCCCGAGUUAACGCUCACUAGUCCUUCAAAGUCAAUCAAAGGAUCCAAAACCUCACUUGCGUCUUUUUACUCGGGAACUUCAUCGUGUGCGGCGGGAUCACAACGUGACUUGAUUGACGCGAUUAUAAGUCUAAGCGCGCUCAAGGCGCUGGUGGUGAUUAUCAAAUCGAACAGAUUUCUCGAUACCUUGCUGUCGUAUCAAGCCGUUGAAUCGUUAAACAAACUUGACUCAAAAUAUCCUAGUCAUGAUAAAUGUGAUUUGAAAUCCUUCGAUAGUAGGCCAUCAUCAUCGUCUUCUGUCAAAGAUCUUAACUCUGAUAUAGAACGUCCUGAUGAAUCUAUGAUAGCAGUGUUACAAUCUGUGAUGGCGUGCAUGGUGCAGUGUUCAGUUUUACCGUCUCCUAUUAAGCAAGUCGUCCGCGUGGGGGAGUUGGAGAGAGCACAGACUGUCCUCUUGAACCAGGCCAUGACAAAACAGAGCAAGACUGAUCUAAAAGAAGAUAAAGAGUACGAUUCUCAGGAAGACCAAAAAGAGGUGGCCGAGCCAACCUCGGGUCGAACCAGCUACGACACAGAUGGAUCGAUACCCAUGGCUGACCCUUUACCUGACAGUAGAUCAAGCUCAGCCACAUCAAUCAUCCCAUCGAACACAUUAGAACCAAAAUCUAUCCAUGACACAGCCAGUCAGCUUGCUGCGUCUGUUAUAUCAAGCGAAUCGAUCAAUCAGACAUCUCCAACGUCUGAUGCAGGUCCUGCCUCUGACAACAUAAUCGAUAACUCCUCGUGCGCUUCCGUGGAGCGUAACACAAUCAGUACACCUUCGCCAACAGCCAAUGCAGAAACAGCGUCCGAUUUGUCAACGACUCCACCCACCGCUCUGCCGCAGGUACUUCGCGAUGUGGCGGCUUUGUCUUCAUUGCCGUUGUUUUCGCUGCCGUUGCUCGAGAUGGGGUUCUCACAGCGUCAUGUUCGACAUGCUAUGCAAGCGACUGGUAUACACCAGGGAGCAGAUACGCGCAGGAUUAACGAGUUGGUCACGUGGCUGUUGGAACACCCUGUUUCUGAUGAUGAGGGUGAAACUGAAGUCGAUGAAGAAGAAGAAAUACCAGAUCUGUCAUAUAGAAGUGGAUCAGAACCGGCAACGACACAGGUUCAAAUAACGCCUCAUCCACUUGCAGAAGAAAUCGAAAUGCCUACACAAGAAGCUGACAGCCACUUACAGGAAUCAAUAAUUCACGAUACCAUCGAUGUAACUGAUAUGGAUAUUGAAGACAGUGACUUUGAACCAGGAUCUGAUCGCGAACUAUUAGGAUUGUUCUUUCCUGAGCUUGUUGACCAAUCAGAAAGAAAUAACACCCUAAUGUGCGAUAUCUGCCAGAUCAGCGUCCCCCAGUUAAACCGGCACAUGCGCACUCGGCACCCUGGUUGUGGCGGGAAUUCUAGUCGCCAUGGGUACCGUAGUGAUGGAGUCUACACGGAUGGAUGGUUUGGCGGGAUAUGUGGAACGGGUCAAUCGUAUUAUUUAUUGUGCCCGGAAUGCAGAGAMAGGUACUUGGCCAAGGCAGAGGAAAUGAGGACGAUGGCGGCGUUGAAAGGAAGCAACAUUUCUUAUGAAGAUGCGAAGCAUUUGAUUGAAGCACCUGAUCUUCUUGGGCCUCUAGACUCCCUAACAAAUGCAGACGAGUCCAGAACAGAAAGCAACAAGACCAAAAUAACACCAACAUCAUACGACGACAUUAUGUCGUCUCUUGGUCUAACCGAAUGCAGUCCCAUGCCGAGCGCUGUACACUUCGCAGACGAAGAUCCUCUAGGAGUCAAGAUGGUCAGCGGGGAUUCCACUUACAAUCUGAGCACGCACAAUAAAGAUAAGAACAAAUCAAGUGACCUAGCAAGAGCCACGCGAAAGACCCUUGGGGAACAGUCAUCGGUGAUCACCUCUACACAUGACCGCGCGCUAGCACUAAAACGCAUCACUAUCGCAGCACAGAUAUCUUUAUCCAGAGAGCUGGUUCUCAACAUUGUGUAUCUAUUAUGUCAGUGUACUGUGCCCUCGGCCCUCUCCCACGGUUUACGGACCCUAGGGCUUGGUGAUGCUAAGAUUCUAGUCAAUCUGAUGAGACUCGCAGCUGCUGGCCGGGUUUGUGUCUCUACUUCCGGUAAAGCAGAUCGGGAAGAUAGCAGUGCUGCUAGGUCUUGUAGGUCUUUGAAAGCCUUGAGUAAAGCUGUAUGCGCACUGGCUACUGAUGAUCAAGCAUCGGCAAAGUUGCUACUGAACUUGUGCGUUCGAGAUCUUAUGACUUCAGCAACAGGUACAACGAGUUUCAAGAAAACGACCGAUAAAUCAUCCAGGAAGAGGGUUCUGUCUCGGCUAACCAAUGACAACGACCCAUCCACAUCUGACCAAAAAGCCCUGUCAUUACCAAGCUUUGUUGUUACUCAGGCCCUGGUUGAUCUUCUUGCUGAAGCUGGAGGCAAAUAUCCAGGAUUGACGUGUGGAGGAACGAUGAAAGACUCUACUCUCCCACUCCCCCUUGUCAAUGCUUUGUCAUCCUGUUGUCUUUCCACCCAUCUCCCUUCCCCCCACAGGCAGUGGGCAGCUAUCGAAUUGGUCAGAACGUUAGCUUACAGAAGCAAGCUGAGACUAACAGAACAACCGAGGAAGGAAGCCGCAGAUCUGGAUGGUGACAUUCCACAGUGUCCCAAAACAAAGCUGAAGGCCCAUUCUAGUCAGGUGAAACGCUGUGUGUGGAAUGCUGCCAAGUGUCUACUAGCUACAAGUGGCCAAGAUGGAGUAGUGAAUGUGUGGAACAUGUCUAACAAGAGCCACACUAUCCUACAACAAUCCUACACCUUCAACUUCUCCCAUGAGGAAGAGAGAAGCACUACACCUGACUUACGAGAGAUCGACUCUAUUUGCUUUAAUGCAAACGGUAAACUCCUGGCUGGUGCAGUAGAAAACCUCGUGAACAUCUGGGCUUUGUCAGGUAACCAUGGUAACCUUGAUAAGCACCCGCAUCUCAUCACGUGCAUGACGUGGCCAAUGUCACGGGGUUUCAUGGAGAGCCAUGCCAUCACCAUGGAUAGCCUGUUGGUUGGUCGAAUCAACGGUAGCCUGGCUGUCACGGAAGUUCUGGAUAAGAGUUCAGUGACGAGAGUGGAGCUUGAACACUGUUCAAGAAAUGUUCCAGUCUGUCGUGUGUCGUGGUACGAUGACAGCAACAGCUUCGCUGCAGGAUACAUGGACGGAGUAGUGUGUCUAGCCAACAAGAAUCCUAACGAACAAGUCAAAAUGAUUCCUGCACACCAGAGUAUGAUUAUUGGCCUUGAGUUCGAUGGCACUGGAAUGGCCUUGAUAUCCUGUGCAGAGAAUGAGCCGGUCAAGAUAUGGUACGAGGUAGAUGACGGAGUGAUUCUACGUCAUAUCUUUGAGUUAUCAAGCGCCCCAGUGUCCAGCUUCUGUUGGUUUAAACUCCAGGACAGAGACUGCAGCGUCCGUGCUCUUGCACUUGGUGGCACAGACGGAACGGUCAGUGUCUACAAGGUCCCUCGUCCAUUCGAUCCAGAUACUCUCAAGAAGUUGAUGCUCAACUUUCGCCGUGUGGGAUCCGAAAGUCCAGUCAUGCGCACUAGCGAACCAGCUCGCAUCGAGGACCAAACAAACUCUAAGAGGAGCUCCAUCCAGAUAAAAACAUCUACAUCGGACACCAAAGGAGACCGAUGGUCUCGAGUGUAUAUCUUUAGUGAUAUCCUCGAAGCUAUUGGUAAGACUAAUUCCAAUAUAUCAGGGCUCCAGCGGGGUCUACUGUGUGAUGCAUCCUCGUAUCAUGGUAAUUCAUAUCGAACCUACAUCUGCCUGUUUGAAAUCAAGGGACACGAAGGGCUGGUGUCGUCCCUGUCGUUCUGUCCUUCGGGUGUCUUCUUGGCGUCGUGUUGUGAGAAAGGCCUCGUUAAUAUCUGGUCUGUGCAGGACGGUGUAGUUGGUCAAACCUACAAAGAUAAUGGCUCAGUAUUAAGUAUGACAUGGACUGGUGAUAAUGGCGUAACAGCUUCAUUCAAGGACUCCAAGGACCCAGUUCUUUUGAAAUUCAACGCGGACUGGUAUAGAAAGCAUAGGAUAGUAGCCUGGGCACGAGACAAGUUGAGAAUGCAAGGCAUAAUGGGACUGAGUGAGUCUGCUUGCUUCAGAGUACUUUUAGAAAGGCUACCCAACAUCAUGCAAGAACAGUACACCUACGAAAAGGGGAUUCUGAGUCGAGGAGAUCAGCUCGUCCACAGUCCUUUCCUCCAGUCCUUAUCCGCGUUAACAGUAGCGCUAGACCUUGAUCACGUGAUAUGCCAUAGCUUGUGUACAAGUCUGACCCCAGCAAGUAAUGGUACAGAUGCCACCGCCCUACCAGAAUGGUCCUGGCUCAAGGCGUUCUGCGUGGCUGUACGGGCAGCGGAUGCGCUGACUUUUAGGGACGUGUUCCAUAAGAGUUUUGUUGUACCGAAUGAGGAGAAGAUCAGUGAAGAUGAGCCUUAUCAACCAAUGGACAACACCGCCUGGAGUCUUGUAAUGGACGAACAAGUCAUGACGUGGGCCAUGAAACGACCCGAGCAUUGGGAGACUGGUGGAAAAUGUGACGCAUACCUGUGGGGUGGGGGACGUCAUGGUCAAUUAGCCGAGACAGGCCGAGGUGUUAAUGUACCUACUGUUACCAAGUCUUUCUCUAGUGCGCAGCAAAUCGUGUGUGGCCAAAACUGCACGUUUGUGUUGCAGAGCAAUGGAACUAUACUGGCGUGUGGAGAGGGCAGUUAUGGUCGCCUGGGGAUGGGGAACUCUGAUGAUCUGCUGGUGUUGACUCCUAUUGCUCCUUUACAAGGGUACGUAGUAAUACAGUUAGCCACGUCGUGUGGUUCUGAUGGUCACUCGCUAGCUCUAACAGACAGUGCUGAAGUGUUUAGCUGGGGUGACGGUGAUUAUGGUAAACUAGGGCACGGUAACAGUGAUAGGCAGAGACGACCACGGCAGAUAGAGGCGCUUAGAGGAGAAGAGGUUAUCAAUUUAUCUUGUGGGUUCAAGCACUCGGCGGUAGUAACUGCUGACGGCAAGCUUUUCACAUUCGGUAAUGGUGAUUAUGGUAGACUUGGACAUGGUAACUCAGCCAACAAGAAGAUACCCGAACGAGUCUUGGCGCUGGAAAAACACGCUAUAGGACAGGUGGCUUGUGGUUUAAACCACACCCUAGCUGUAUCAGCUGACGGUAACACACCAUUUGCAUUUGGUGAUGGUGACUAUGGCAAGCUUGGUUUGGGUAGUUCUACCGCUAAGACUUCUCCGCAGGUUGUAGAAGCCUUAUCUGGCAUAGGAAUCAGGAAGGUGUGCUGUGGUACACAGUUUUCUGUCGUUCUCACCAAAGACGGAAGGCUUUUCUCGUUUGGACAGGAGAGGUUGAUCGGUCAGCCCGAAGGACGGCUGCGUGGACCAAGCAAACCCCAACAAAUCCUCGCUCUCGCGUCCCACUUUGUCGACGACGUGGUUGUCGGAGCCGAGCAUACCCUUGCUCUUACCAGCGCUGGGGAAGUAUGGUGCUGGGGGUCUAACGUAGACGGCCAACUGGGCCUGGGUAACAGCGUUACCCAACGUGAACCUUGCUUAUUACCAGACCUGAAAGGAAAAAAUAUACGACAGAUUUCUGCGGGUCGUAACCACAGCUCCGCGUGGACGGCACCUGUUGCGCAAACCCCUACUCCUGGUACACCAACACCGUUACAGCUAGGCCAACCUGAACAUAUACCACCGCAGUACCCUGCACUGAAGGGCAUCAGUACUGAGUCUGUCAGGGCAAGACUAAGGGUACUCCAUUACUUCUCCGACUUGGUUUAUGCAUCGUGGAAGCUGUUGAGUCUUGUUCGUGGAGAGAUUGACUUUCAUCCGUAUAACCGAGGCACCACUGGUUUUGUACGUGGUCACCUACGACCGUUACUAGCAACCCGCGUGUCCAAUCUACCUAUAGUACGUGCUAUAGGACGAACAAUGGUACAAGGGAAGAAUUACGGACCGCAGAUCACUGUCAAGAGACUUAUAGGAAGGAGUAAAAAGGCCAAGCCGAUAUUCGUCCAGAUUGCUCAUCAAGUCGUGAAGCUCAAGCCAGCAGACCUGUGCCUUCCUUCCAGAGCCUGGAAGGUCAAACUAGUAGGAGAAGGCGCUGAUGAUGCUGGUGGUGUGUUUGAUGAUACCAUCACAGAAAUGUGCCAGGAAUUGGAAGAAGGCACUGUGCCAUUAUUUAUCUAUACACCAAACGCUACAGCAGAAGUGGGCUUUAACAGAGAUAGAUAUUUAUUAAACCCACGAGGUGUAACAGAAGAAGACCUCAUCCUAUACAAGUUUCUUGGUAUUUUAUUCGGUGUUGCAGUGAGGACCAAGAAACCACUUGACCUUCAUCUUGCACCUCUUGUCUGGAAACAACUGGUGGGGAUUGCCCUCUCACCCGAUGAUAUCGAGGAGGUCGACUUGCUUUAUAUGCAGAGUCUACGCGGUAUUCGUGAUAUCCAUGAAAGUGGUGUAGACGAGGAGUCAUUUGCUGAGGUGAUUCCAAUCGAGUCGUUCGAAACUCUGAGCGCCGAUGGUCGCUUCGUACCCAUAUGUCCAAGCGGUAACAGCAUUCGAUUGACGUUCGACAACCGAAGCGAAUACGUGGAGCAAGCGUUACGUUAUCGAUUGCACGAGUUUGAUCGGCAAAUCAGCGCCAUUAGAGAAGGAAUGUCUGGGAUUUUACCAGUCCCUUUGUUGUCACUGCUGACUGCGGAGAAACUGGAACAGUUGGUCUGUGGGUCUGAAGAAAUUAGUAUCGACAUGCUGAAGAAAGUGGUCAGGUACCGCGAGAUAGAUCCAUCUGACAAUAUAGUCUSCUGGUUGUGGCAAACACUCGAACAGUUCACCAAUGAAGAACGCAUCCUUUUCAUGCGGUUUGUGUCCGGCCGAUCUCGACUGCCUGCAAACAUUGGGGACAUCGCACAGAGAUUCCAGAUUGUUAAGAUAGACAGGGAGGUGGACAGCCUUCCAACAGCCCAAACAUGCUUCUUCCAGCUGCGCCUGCCUCCCUACUCUAGUCCAGAUGCAAUGGCAGAUCGAUUAAGAUAUGCCAUCAAUAACUGCCGCUCUAUUGAUAUGGACAACUACAUGCUGACGAGAAAUGCUGACGAGGGUGAUGAAGAAGAUGAAUAUUAUUAGAAAGGUUAAAAAAAAUGUAAUUUCUGACAUUACAGCCAUCAGAUGAAAUGGGUACAUAAAAGUUGUGCUUUUAUUCCAGACAAAAUGGUUAUCAAAAGAAUUAGAAAGACUUAAGUCAAGUAACUUAUGCCAAAAAAGUGCAAUUCUUAGUUGUGAGGACUUGUUAAUGUUUAAUUUAUAACUUAGGCUGUGUGAGUCUGCUUAGGUAGAAAUUUUACAAUCAGGGCAAUGAAAGAUUGAUUUUAGCUCCCGAAGAUUUGUGGGAUGGAUUGGGUAUUGGGAGUCCAAUAUUUACUUUCCCUAAGUAUUAAACAGCUGCAUUGGCUUUUUUACAUUAUUAAAAUAAAAAGAAACUAUAUUUACUAAUGGAUUAAUAUUUUGAUCACAGGAAGAAUUUUUUGGUUAAUAUUUUAUCUUUGAAAGAUUUUGAAAUAAGUAAUUUGUACAAAGUUGUAACAAAUCGAAGUAAAAAUAUGUUUUGAUUUGAAA